GGGCACAUGACAACCUCGAGCGUGUCCGUGCGCACCGACGAUGGCGAGAUUCCUGCACCCAGAUUUGAGAAACUUCCUUGCCAUUCAGCUCAGAAUGUCGUCCGAGCAGCUCGGAGAACUUGGGAGAGGUGCAGGCAAGGGUGGAGGUGGUGGAGGCUCCAUCAGGGAGGCCGGGGGAGCGUUUGGGAAGAGGCAGGCUGCUGAGGAAGAAACGUACUUCAAGAAGAAGGAGAAAGAACAGUUGGCCGCUUUAAGACAGCACCAUCAGGAGGAGAUCGACCACCACAAGAAGGAGAUUGAGCGGUUGCAGCAAGAGAUCCGACGUCACGAGGACAGAAUGGGCAAACUCAAACACGACGGCUGAGAGUGCACCGACCGAGGCAGCGAAGAUAGCUCGUGGGUCAGGGUCAAGGUCAAAUCCUACAGCCUUCGGGGCUCUUUUCCAUUAUCCAUGGUUUUUGGUAUGUUUGAUUAGCUGUUAAUGUUUGUUUGAAAGAUAAUAAAACAAGAAACUCAUUAA